AUGAUUCCAACCACAGCUCUGAUAGUCCUCAUCACCGUCGCCGCAGUAUGUACCAUCACGCUGUUGGUCGCCGUAUGGCACACAAUAUCAACAAAGCGGAGUCCUCCCGAGGCCUUCACGCACGAAGAAGACAAGAUCGAACUCGCAUCAACUGACAGCAGCGGCCCUCUAACGAUAGUCCCACCAGCACGCUCACCUAAUCCCGAAGCAGAAUCUCCGCCACCGCUCUCUGCGGGCAGUGACAUAGCCGCUAAGUUCCCGAAGCCGCCGAAGCCACCGAAGACCUUAUCCGCGCAGCAAAAGGCUUCAAAAGAGCGAGACAGCAUGCACGAAAUUCUAGAUCUCUAUGGUAACGACGACAAGAAAAAUGCUCCCCCCACGACGCCGGUACGGAAGCGGAGCACGACGUUCGCAGAUGCGAAGUCUAAAUGGGCAUAUUUUGGAAGACACGAGGAUUACUAUGUUACUUGA